UAACCUUGCUUUACCUUUCAUAAAUCAGCUUCUUAAGAUUGCUAGAGAAACCUCCAUUACACACAUGGAAAUGUGUCCUUUAAUUCAUGAUAAAAUUGAUAAAUAUCAAAAUUUAAGAAACCAUUCUAUUGAUUGUAAAUCUCAUUUAAAUAAUUUAAGAUUAGAAAUGAAUAAAUUACAUGCAAGCGAUAUUAAUUUUAAAGAAUUACAUACAAAUAAAUAUAGCUUAUUGCCAAAUUCAGGUAAAGCCGUCAAUUUUAUAAAUAUAUAUGAAGAUGAACAAAUAUCAGUAAGUGUAUUUUCAUUGCCAAGUUUUUCCUAUCUACCCCUUCAUGACCAUCCAGGAAUGCAUGGACUAAUCAAAGUUAUAUCAGGUUCUAUUCUUAUUAAAAAUUUGACAAUUCUUGAAAGGGACAUAAAGCCGGAGAUUCUUCAAAAUCUAACUUCAUCUCCUUCACUUGAUACCCAUUUUAAUAUCGAUAAAAACUUAUAUAUAAAAUUACCUCUCACUAAACAUUUAGCUAAAUUAGAAUCUGUGUUGAACAUAUCUCACUUAGAUGAGGCCUUACUUCUUUCCCCGUUAUAUCACAAUUUACAUGAGAUAAGAACCUCUGACUCUCCUGGGGCUUUUCUUGACAUAUUAUUUCCUCCUUACAAUGAAAAUUUGGGAAGAGACUGCCAUUAUUAUAAUAUACAAUGUAAAUUACCAAUAAAAUCUGAUAAUAAAACUUCUCAAUAUGCAAAUUAUGAUGAAAAUCAUUUUAAAGAUGACAGAUAUAAAACCUCAGAAAUUUACAUAUUGAAUGAAACAGAAUGUCCUUAUGAUUAUAGGUGUAAGCCACAACCCUACUUAGAACACUCCAGAACUGUUCUGAGAAUGUCACCUGGAUCAUAUUCCUUUCACAUUCUAUAAUUCAUCCAAGUUUCAUUC